AAGCAAGUAUGGACAUAACAGCCUAUGAUGAUCACUCCAGUCCACCGCUUCCGAGAUAUUGAAAGGAAACCUGAAUACCUCCAGCCAGAAAAGUGUGUUCCACCUCCGAGCCGCGUUUCGCUGGGAACAAUGUGGUUUAUCCGAGAUGGCUGUGGUAUUGCGUGUGCUGUCGUGACCUGGAUGCUGGUGUUCUACGCCGACUUUGUAGUCCUUCUUGUCAUGUUAGUUCCAUCGAGAGAUUAUGUUUACAGCGUCAUCAAUGGCACGCUGUUCAACACCUUGGCUUUCCUCGCUUUGGCCUCACAUUUUCGUGCUAUGCUGACAGAUCCAGGUGCUGUACCCAAAGGUAAUGCCACAAAGGAGUUCAUUGAGAGUUUGCAGCUGAAGCCAGGACAGGUGGUUUACAAGUGCCCAAAGUGUUGUAGCAUCAAACCUGACAGAGCGCAUCACUGCAGUGUUUGCAAGAGGUGUAUUCGGAAAAUGGACCAUCACUGCCCGUGGGUCAAUAACUGCGUAGGAGAGAAUAACCAGAAGUACUUUGUACUGUUUACAAUGUAUAUAGCACUGAUUUCCCUGCAUGCUCUAAUCAUGGUGGGAUUUCAUUUCUUGUAUUGCUUUGAAGAAGACUGGACAAAAUGCAGUUCCUUCUCUCCGCCAACGACGGUGAUUCUCCUCAUCCUCUUGUGUUUCGAGGCUCUCCUGUUUCUCAUCUUCACCUCGGUUAUGUUUGGGACCCAAGUACACUCCAUCUGCACUGACGAAACGGGAAUAGAACAGUUGAAAAAGGAAGAGAGAAGAUGGGCUAAAAAAACAAAAUGGAUGAACAUGAAAGCAGUAUUUGGCCAUCCGUUCUCUAUAGCAUGGCUUAGCCCAUUUGCAACACCAGACCAAGGAAAAGCAGACCCGUACCAGUAUGUGGUCUGAAGAAUUCCUGACCAGCAUUUCCACUAAAAUAGAACCAUAUUACAGCACUACUGUUAUAAGUUUUCCAUGAAUGUUUAAAACAAGAAGCAAAACGAACUUUUUUUUUUUAAUGUCUAUUGAGUGGCUGAUAAUUGCAGAGAAAA